CUGGCGGAGUGACUGUCUGAACUCCAUUAAGAAGACCCCAGAGCAUCAGGCUGCCUGCUCCUUCCUGGACAAAACUCAGGAUUCUCUAUGGCUCUUCAGGAAUCCACAGCGCUGGAUUUCUACCAGACGUAUUUUGAACCCAUGGUCUACCUGGACUACUUCAAGAUGGGCCAGAGCCCUGUGGGUGAUGAUUGCCUCUACUUCCUGCUAAAACACUACAACACCAUUUUUAAAUCAGGUGGGCUGAAAGGAAAGCUCCUGAUUGACAUUGGCUCUGGGCCCAGCAUUUACCAGCUCCUCUCCGCCUGUGAGUCUUUUGAGGAGAUAAUCGCCACUGACUACACGGACAAGAACCGCCUGGAGCUGGAAAAGUGGCUGAAGAAGAUUCCAGGCGCGUUCGACUGGUCCCCAGUGGUGAAAUAUGUGUGUGAGCUUGAGGGGGACAGAGACAAGUGGGCUGACAAGGAGGAGCGGCUAAGGAGAACCGUGACCCAGGUGCUCAAGUGUGAUGUGAAUAAAGAACAGCCCCUGGAACCUGCAGUCCUGCCCCUGGCAGACUGCGUCCUUUCCUCCCUGUGCCUUGAGGCUGCCUGCCACACCCAGGAGGCCUUCCGGGCUGCCCUGCGCCACAUCAGGACCCUGCUCCGGCCCAGGGGCCAUCUGGUGCUGGGCGGGGGCUUUGAUACCACCUUCUACAUGGUGGGGGCGAAGAAGUUCCCCUGCCUUCCCCUGAAGGAGAAAUUCGUGUGUGAGGCUCUGCAGAAGUCCGGCUUCACCAUCGAGAAGCUGGAGACGGCUCCGCGGGCAGCUGAGACCAUGUCGGAUGAGCAGUCAGACUACACCGCGAUGUUUGUCGUCGUGGCCCAGAGAAACGACUGACGUAUUGGACUUGGAAGGGGGGUGAGCAUGCAGGGGUCAUUCGGCCACCCCAUUUCCUUCCCUCUGCGCUCAGUUGGCUUUAUUUAGAACUCUUCCUUGCCAGCAAAUGCUUUUAGAGUCUUAUUAUACGUGAUUGCCAGAUAAUUAGGGAUGUUCCUCUCAAACAGAGAGGUUCAUGGUAUACUCCACUAACGUCCCGGGGUUGGGGAAGAAUUGGGCCAGAAAGUAAAGCUUGGCCUCCCCUAGUUUUGAGGGCACCUUGGGGUUGCAUGGGAGCGAAGAGGGUAGAGUCCCCCGUGCCCUCCUCCUUGAGGCAUCUGGGGACGGCUCGCCUUCUGAGCUCAUUCAUCAUUUGCAGCUUCACCCCUGCUGAUGACACCGCCGCCCCGUCCCACAAAAUGAAAGGAACGCGGGCUUUGGCGCAAGAAGACAUGGGUUUUGGUACUUGGCUCUUGUGAUGAUAGGUAGGUCAUUCGUAUCUCACAGCCUCAGUUUCCCCAUCUCUGAAAUGCAAAUAAUAAGACCCCUCCCCAGGCUUCCUGUGACACCCCAAAUAUAUAACAUGAACACACCUGCUGAACA